AUUAAAUAAAAUUUUUGUGAUUAAUCAUAAGUUGUAUAGGUAGAUAUACAUUUACCAGUAUAAAUUUAUAAAUUAUUACUUCAAAAUAUCAACAUAUUUUUAACAAUGGGUACAUAAUUAAAUUAAAUAUUUAAAACAUCAUAAUUUGAAUUAUUUCCUUUUUUUUAUUUAGAUGGAUGAUCAAAUAGGAUGGAUUAUUGUUGAGUUUGUUGAUGAUGAAAGUGUUGAAGUGGUACCAAACUGUUGGUUAAAAAAUAAUUCUUGCGCUUGGCCUAAAGCUUCUAAACAAGCGAAAAAAUAUGUCCAAAAAAGAAUUAAGCCAAAUAUGAAUGAUUUUAUAUUUUACAAAUCCAGACAAAUUGGACAUAAAGUUUAUAGUUCAUAUAAUGAAGCAAAAAUAAAAUUGCCAUUGGCAAUGCAUAAAUCAGACUUAUCAAGUGCUGAUGACAUUAUUGAUGGUAUGACAAAAAGAAAAAGGAAAUUUCCUUAUUAUAGAGGUCAAAGUUUGUCUCCUGCCACAACUAUAAAAUCAAAAAAACUUGAAAAAGUUAAUAAUUCAAAACAAAUAAAAAUGUCUUCUAAUAGCUGUCCCCCUCGUUAUCACGAUGUUUCUCAGUCAGUUAAUUUAAACGAGGAAACAAAUAUUUUUGAACCUUCUGAUGAUUCAAAUGAUGUGUCUUAUGACUCGGACAAAGAUCCUCUUUGGAAAAUCGAUAAAAGCCAAAGCAAAUCUGUUAUUGAUGGUAUUAAUUGUAUAACACCUGAAAAACAUGCCUCUUCAUUAGUUAAUAAACCCAUUGAUGAUAUAGAACAUAUAAUUUCAUCUCCUGUUGGGACUUGGACGGUUGAAAAAAAUGAGGAUACACAAUUAUUAUAUAAAACAAGUUCUGAUCGAAAUAGUAUCAAAGUUAAAAAAAUAUUAUUUUGUGAUCAAAAUAUUGAAAACACAGGAUCAUCUGGUAUUACAGCUAAUAUUUUAAAACUGCCACAAGAUACUACAAUUUUACAAAACCAGCCAAAUAUAUCUAAUGAUUUUCAACGGUUUAUUACUAACACUUUGGUAAAUAUGAAAUAUGACAUUGGCAGCAUUUUAAGUAUUGUACAAUCAAACAGUAUUAAUAUUAAUACAUUGAUGGCUAAUAAAAAUACAUCAGCCAAAAAUAUCACAAAUCUUGACAACAUAUUUCCUAUUAAAAAUCAUGAUGAAUUAGAGUCAUUGGAAAUAAAAAUUAAGACUGAUGAAAACUUUAAAAAUACAUUGGUUACUCAAUUAUCAGUGUUAAUAGAUGUUAAUGAUCUUGGAAAUAGUGUUCGAAGAAUUGUUUCAAGAAUGUUAAGUGAUGUUUUGCUAUCUAAUUAUUCGUUACAUGGAUUUAAGUCUAAGCUAUGUUUUUCAGGCUUAAAUACCUAUCGUGUUAUUAUAGAUGCUAUACGAGUUAACGUCAAGUACAGUGUUGUUCCUGAAAAAGAAAUAGAUAACUCAUUAGGAAUUUGGCUAUCCCAUGCUCCAUUCCGCAUUAAAAAAGUAUCCCAAAAACAAGAAAAACUCUCAAGAAGCCUUUUAUGAAGUUAAUAUAUUUAAAAGAUUAUGUUAUCAUUAUUAUUAUAUUAUUUACAUUUUUUUAAAUUCUUAGAUUUGUAUCUUACAAGUUUGCAGUUUUUAUUAUUUAAUAUUUGCUAUUUUAAUGAAGUUAAUAUUGGGUAUAUAUUAUACUACUCACCAGUUAUUAUUUUUAUUUUUGUGUUAGAUCAUAAUAUUAUAUAAAUAUAAAUUAAAAUAUUGAUAUUCCAAUAUUAUAUUAAAU